GCGCCUCAAGGUCACAGAGAGAACAUUGAAAGAAAGCUAUGUCUCUUCUCCGAGAAAGAGAAGAAGAUACUCGUCUCCGAGAAAUCAGGUCUGAACUUAUGCAUAAGAUAGAGCUAGAGAAUUCGGAUCUGCCGAUUUCUUGGCGGAUAGUGGAUCGUAGUGAGGUUAAGGGGCCGGUGAUCAUAAUAUGCAGUUUUCGGAGCCGGUGUACAUGUUUCCUCAAGUUCAGGAGCCGAUGUUGAUCCGGAAGAAAGCUCCGACCGCCGCCGCCAAGAAGGACGAGAAAGCCGUCAAUGCAGCUCGCCGCGCUGGCGCUGAGGUCGAGACCUUCAAGAAAUAUAGUGCUGGCACAAACAAGCCUGCUUCUAGUACAACUUCACUGAACACGAAGAGGCUGGAUGAAGAUAACGAGAAUCUAGCUCAUGGACGUGUGCCAACUGAACUCAAGAAAGCUAUUACGAAAGCUCGGAUGGAGAAGAAACUUAGCCAGGCACAGCUUGCUCAGAUGAUCAAUGAGAAACCUCGAGUGAUUCAGGAGUACGAAUCAGGAAAAGCCAUUCCAAACCAACAGAUACUUAACAAGCUGGAGAGGGCUCUUGGAGCCAAACUGCGCGGCAAGAAAUAGAGAAUAUGACGGUUUCAAGCUGAAACAUGUAUAUAUGCAAGUAUGACUGUGACCACUGAGCAGUUGGAAUAAAUAAAUGCUAGAGAAGUAAGUUUGUUGGUUGUGACU